AUGCAAACUGCCUUUUCGGGACCUCAGCCGGAUGCUCGCCACCUGACAUACCAAGAUGAUGCUACCAACACCCGUUUGAAGUCACGCUUUGAGAGCAAAGAUGAGACGACAGACGGUAGCUUCUGGUCGAUACGUGGUGCCAGCACGAACGUUUCAAUAUCGGGAGGGAACCAGGAUACCACCUCCCCUGAGUUCUCGUUGCGCGGGAGUGUAUCUCGAUACUUUCUGGCCGAGAUUAACACCAAAUGGACCGAUGGACUUCUCAUCGUCUGUUGCUUUGUCAGUGGUCUGGUAGACGGACUGUCGUUCGACGCCUGGGGGAGCUUUUCUAGCAUGCAGUCCGGAAAUUCCGUCUUCAUAGCCCUAGGCGUUGCAGGCCAACCCGCAUACCCAGCCUACCUCUGGGCCAAGUCCCUCAUCGCCCUUGUCACCUACCUAGUCGGAAACGUCACCUUCAUCCAAGUCUCCCGCGCCCUCAACCCUCUCCGUCGCUCCACCCUCAUCCUAUCCUUCAGCGUUCAAACCGCCGCCCUCCUAGCCGCGGCUCUCCUCAUCCAACUCGACGCAGUAGACAGCAGGCCCGAAGACCCCCGCGCUCCGAUCCAGUGGAUGCAAGUCCUCCCCAUCGCUCUCCUCGCCUUCCAAGCUGCGGGCCAAAUCGUUGCCUCGCGCGUGCUGUCCUACGACGAGAUACCCACCGUCGUCUUGACCACUUUGCUUUGUGACUUGCUCGUUGACAAGCAUCUUUGCCAGAGGCCUUGGAAGGCAAAUCCUAAGCGCAAUCGCCGUCUUUCGGCGUUCCUGUCCCUCUUCCUUGGUGCUAUGACAGCUGGUGGAUUGUGUAAGCUGGAUCAUAUGCCGGCUGGUUUGUGGUUAGCCAUGGGAUUGAAGUUGAUGAUUACGGUGAGCUUUAUGGUGUGGAAAGACAAUCAGAAGGCGGUCGAUACAGUGUCCAUUGCAUAA